UGCUAGACUCAUACAACAACUCUUCCAGAACCUGAGAGAGGAAUCACAUUCAGCAACAGGGACAAAGGAAAGAGGCUUUCAUACUCUGAACUAAAUCAAGCAACUAACUCCAGAGAAACCUGCGAGAACCUAACCCGAGAUCACUUUGAGAUCUACAGAGAACGACAGAAGAAUAUUUUCUUUUGAUUUGCAGAAUACUGAACAAUGUCUUCAGGAAAAGUAACAGCUGUUCUCCUCUUUGCUCUGUUCUGCUGGGUAUCUGAUGCCCAGGAUUGCAGUGGGGAAUGUCAGUGCCCACAGAAGGUACCUGUGUGUGAGCCUGGUGUCAGUUUAGUACAGGAUGGAUGUGGCUGCUGCAAAGUGUGCUCUAAGCAGCUGGGCGAGCUGUGCACAGAGAGAGACGUCUGUGAUCCACACAAAGGACUGUUCUGUGACUUUGGCUCAAGAAUGAAUCGCAAAAUUGGAGUCUGCACUGCAAGGGAAGGUGCCCCCUGCGUAUUUGGAGGAAUGGUGUAUCGAAGUGGGGAGUCUUUCCAAAGCAGCUGCAAGUACCAGUGUACUUGUCUGGACGGAGGUGUGGGCUGCGUGCCACUCUGCAGCAUGGACAUCCGUCUCUCUAGCCCUGAUUGCCCCUUCCCAAGAAGAGUGAAACUGCCUGGCAAGUGCUGUGAAGAAUGGGUCUGUGAUCAGCCAAUGGAGAAGACCAUGGUUGGACCUGCUCUCCCUGCUUUUAGAAUGGAGGAGACUUAUGGUCCUGAUCCUUCUCUGAUCCGAGCUAAUUGCUUGGUACAGACAACUGAAUGGAGUGCUUGCUCAAAGACCUGUGGAAUGGGGAUCUCUACUCGAGUUACCAAUGACAAUGAGCACUGCAGACUGGAGAAACAGAGCAGACUCUGCAUGGUCCGACCUUGUGAGGCUGACCUUGAGGAAAACAUUAAGAAAGGAAAGAAGUGUAUCCGCACUCCUAAAAUUUCCAAACCUGUCAAGUUUGAGCUUUCCGGAUGCACAAGUGUGAAAACCUACAGAGCAAAGUUUUGUGGGGUUUGCACAGAUGGUCGUUGUUGCACUCCUCAUAGAACAGCCACCCUCCCAGUAGAGUUCAAGUGUCCUGAUGGUGAGGUCAUGAAGAAGAAGAUGAUGUUCAUCAAGACAUGUGCAUGUCAUUACAACUGUCCAGGAGACAAUGAUAUCUUUGAGUCCAUGUACUACAGGAAAAUGUAUGGGGAUAUGGCAUAGAUCCACAGAAUCACCCCUAAAAGACUGUUUAACUUGAAAUGACUUUGCAUCUCAUUGCUAAACAUCAUUUUAUAGCACAAAAACAUAUUUAAGAUUGUUUAAAGGAAAGUCUUUGUUUUAAAGACUUGAUUGUUGAAUGACCCCAGCCAUUGGUUUGAAGAAAACGAGACGAACCAGGCCAAAAUAGCUCUGCUGAGUGCAAUUUAAAAUCACUGUACAUUCACUGCUAUCAUGCAGUAUUCACUGAGUAUGGUGAUUUAUAUUGUACCCAGUAAUGCAACUGGAAAAAAAGAAGCUCUUACUAUUUUUAUAUAUGGUAUAUGAUGAACUGACACCAUGUCAGUGACAGCUGGAGUUUAUAUUCUGGCUACAUUUUUGUGCUAAAUAAGUUGUCCUUGUGGGACAACUGUUUUUUAGCAAACCCUAAGUAAAUGUACUGGGUGGAAUGAAAACUAUGUUUGUUACAAGACUGGAAAGUUUACAGCAUGUUUUCUUGCAUGUUGUAAUCUUGCUUUUUAUAGUUAUUGUACAUAAUGUAUAUAUUUUUGUACAGUUAUCUAAGUUAACUUAAAUUUGUUUUUCGUUUCUGUUCUCCAUUUUUAUAAUGCUAUGUUUUGAUAAUCUGUUCUGUUUUUAAUUAUGUUUUUGGCUCCUGAGAUAAGUACUUUGUAACACUUGUCUGAACAAAUAAAUAUAAAAUAGAUUAUGAAGUAAAAAUUGUAAUCAGUUAAAAGGAGCAUCAUACAGUAUGUGAUAUCAGGCAGUAUUAAUGGUAUUGUUUUUGUAUUAGUCAAGCUUUAAUGAACACAUGCUUGAGACUGUUUAUGAUUUUCACUUUGAUAAUCUAUUGUUUUUGUUUUUUACCUUGAUCAUGACUGUACUUUUAUGUUCAACAUUUUUUUAUUUGUUGAGAAGUGUGACCAAAAAGGUACAUGUUUGCACUUUUCUAGAUGAAAAAUAAAACAUUUUAUUUUUUAUAUAAA